AUGUGCGAAGAGGAAGUGCUGGGUGGGAGGGACCAGAGGGACUUGUGGGGGUUGGACUGGGUUGGACUGGGGCACUGGGAGGGGGCCAGUACAAAGGAAACGCGACCUUCAUUACUCUUGUAUCAGCAGCAGUUCCUCCCAGUCCUGGAGUCACCCACACCUUGUAUGGUUAUAGGUAGUACCGCCCUGACCUGGGUGGGGGCGCUCAUCUCAGCUGUCAGUAUUCAGCUGCACCCAGGCCCAGCUCAUCCAUCCGGCCUGAUACACUGGGAGUGCCGGAAUACACCUUUGGAAAAAUAUUAA